AUGAAUUAACUUAGGAAGCUAGCUUUAAGAACAAAAACUUAAGCGAAGGUAAUCUAUCCUUUGAUCAGUGCUAAGACUCUCAGACCUAUAGCAUCUAUGUGGCAAUUGAAUCAAAUGAACUUCUCAAAUGCCAAGAUGAAGCCUUAUUUUAAAAAGUAGAAGGAUUCUGAGGAAGAAGAAGAUUUCUCAGAAGGUUCUGCAUUAUCUAGCAAAGAAGAUGAGUAGGACUACUAAUUGAACAGAGAAAUAGCACUUGAGGAGGCCAAGAAAAUAGCUCAUCUCAACUAAUCAAAAUAAGAAGAGCAAGACAACAAGCAUAUUAUAAAGGUGCCUGAACUGCAUACAAAUGCUUAUAAGCUUGGCUAGCUGUUUGGAAUAGAUUCUUAUGAGGUAUUAAAGAAGAUCGAGAAAAUUAGCAAAGAGUCUAUUAUUGAUGAAUUCCAAGACCUAUCUAGAUAGCUUAUUGAAAGAUUAGCAGUUGAGUAUGAGAAAGAGAUAGAGAUUGAGGAGAAUAGCGAAGAGAAGCUAAGGUUUUAAGUGAGAUCACCUGUAGUUACGAUUAUGGGUCAUGUCGAUCACGGAAAGACUACAUUGCUUGAUGCCUUUAGACAUUCCACAAAAGUCAAGGAAGAAUACGGCGAUAUCACAUAGAGUAUUGGUGCUUUUACAUUCAUCACAGACAGCCAGCAUGAAAUUACAUUUAUUGAUACUCCAGGGCAUGAGGCUUUUUAGAAUCUUAGAGUGCGUGGUGCUAAAGUAACUGAUCUUAUUAUUCUAGUGAUUUCAGCCAUUGAGUCAGUGUAACCCUAAACUAUUGAAGUCAUUUAGCUUGCAUUGAGUUUGAAGAUACCUGUAAUAGUAGCAAUCAAUAAGAUUGACAGAACAGCAGCAGAUCCAGAUAGUGUCAUACUUGACUUGGCAAACCAUGGUAUGAUUGGAGAGGAACUAGGAGGUGAAGUUAUUUGUGUUCCAAUAUCUGCUAAAAUGAAGACUAACCUUGAUAUUCUAGAGCAGAAAAUCAUCGAGGUGGCAGAAGCAAAAGUCAACCUGCUUGAGGAUUUUCAUUCAAAGGCAUAAUGCUUAGUUAUUGAGUCUAACUUCGAUGAGAAGUCUACUUAGAUCACAGCAACUGUCUUAGUUAAAAAGGGUUAACUUAGAUAAGAUGAUGUGUUUGUCUGUGGGCCUCAUGAAGGCAAAGUGAGAUUUAUGAGAAAUGAUCAAGGCAAAAACAUUAAGAUUGCCUAUCCAGGUUAAGCUGUGCAUUUAGCUGGCUUCAAAGCAUUCCCUGAGGUUGGACAGCCAUUGUAUGCCUGCAAAUCACAUGAGGAAGCUUAGUUUAUGGCUGUAAGAAUCUAAUAAAGAAGGGAAAAAGAGUUAAAUCAGUUGAAACUUGAUAGCUAGUUGUAGCAUGAAAGUAUGGACAUGAAAAAGAAGUUGAAGGGACUCACAAGAAUGGAGAAACGAAAAAUGUACGGAGGAGACAAAUCCAUUAUGUAUGAGAAAAUAGGCUUGCUUGAGGAAAGCGAUAUUGAAAAGUAUAGAAAGAAACUUGGUAUUAAAAAGGGAGUAGAUCUUCUGAGUAAGGAACUUAGUGAUGUGGAGGACAUAGUAGAAUAAGCUUCCUAGACCUAGAGUUUAGAUGCAGAAGGGAAAAAGAAGAAGAUUAAAGUAAGGUCAUAAAGAAUUAAGGAUUUCGAAAAGGAGGAGUUCAAGAAAAUCCUUACAAACUACAAAGAAGAGUAGAAAAAACGUGAUCAAAUGACUACUGAUGAAUAAGCAAAAUAUGACUAAGAAAGAAUGAAAUUGAAGGAAGUUUAUCGUGGAGAAGAUGUCUAGCAUUUCCCUAUUAUCAUAAAAGCUUCUCAGGCGGGGGUACUAGAGACUCUACUAAAAGAAACAGAGAAAGUCCUGGGCAUUGGCAAUUACCGUAUCAGUGUGAUUGACUACUCGGUUGGACCUAUUACUGAAGGUGAUAUGAAUAACGCUAUGCAAACUGGAGCAGUAAUAUUGGGGUUUGACGUGCCCUGCUCGCCAAUGGUUUAGAGAACUGCAGAAAGUUCUGGUGUCGUAAUCAAGCAGCAUAGAAUUAUUUACAAGUUUUUGGAAGAUGUCGAGCACUUUGUAUAUGAUGCUAAUACUAAGAUAAUGGAAGAGUCAGGAAAGGCUGUUCAUGUUGAGGUAGUAGGUACAGCAACAGUGUCUCAGAUAUUCAAGAUUAAAGACCCCAAAUCCAAGAAUAACAAAAUGCUGCACAUUGGGGGUUGCAAGGUAGCAGGAGGGGAUAUAGAGAGAAAGCACAAGUACAGAGUCAUCAGAAACGGCAGAUGUCUCUAGGACAAUCUAAAACUGCACAGUAUGAAAAAGAUUUAGUAGGAUGUGACUGUAGUGGAGAAAGGCCAUGAGUGCGGUCUCUGCUUUGAGAACUUUGACGGAGAGUUGAUUCCAGGAGACCAGAUUGAAGCAUAUAGAGAACUAGAGGGAAAUGUGGUCAAAUUCAACUCAAAGCCUGGUGUUCAUUAGUCAUAUUGA